GUUCUGGGUGUACGACCUGGACGACAUCGAAGAUGCUGACGCUGAUGGGGUUACCAGCCGGGCGGACUAUGAUGAUCUCUACAAAUGGAAGUACAACCAGGAUGUAGACAUCGUGGUCUCUGGCCUCACGGAAGAGACGGACUAUCCGUUCAUCUACUGCUUCGCGCAGGAUGAUGAGACGGUGCCAAACAAGAUGUUCUUCGACAGUGCCGGCAGCUCGGGCGACAAUGUCCACACCAUGCAGCAGGAGAUCGGAACGGUCAAGACGCUGGAUGAGUCGCCACCGAUCUUCACCAUGCUGAGCAUCGCAGAUCCCACGGCCUUGAACGACCGGAUUGUGGUGACCUUCCAGCUCAAUGAGGCUGGAACGGCCUACUGUCGCACCAAGAGGAGCGACUCGGCCGAACCCACGCUGCACAUCAACCAGAUCCUCUCAGCGGAUUUCAAGCAGGAGAUCCUGGACCCCCUGACGACGGGGACCAUCACGAUCACCAGCCUCGAAAGCCGCGACCCCACGAGUGUGAUCUACGAAGCCUCGCAGUACGACAUCUAUUGCUGGGCCAAGGAUAGUGCAGUGGAUACGCAUGGCUUUGCCCGGCCGAACUACAUGUCCCAAAGCUAUGUGGAGACACCUGUGGGCUCCGUGGCCUCUCCUGCUGGAGGCCUCACGGAGAACGUUUGGGUCACCGAUUCGACGCCGCCCACCAUCAUCGUGGUGGCGCGGGAGGC